CGCUGGAACGACACAGCAAUCAUGGCGUCUUCAGCGGCGACCCGAUCCGCGGCUGGUGCCGCUAGAGUUGUGAAACCUCUUUUUAGCCGGGACCUGGACGAAGCUAAGCGUAGGGUCCGGGAGCUGUACCGAGCCUGGUACCGAGAGGCGCCCCACACUGUGGUGAUGUACCAGCUGGACAUCAGGACGUGCCAGGGAAGAGAGAAAGUGAGGGAGAUGUUCGACAAAAACAAGCACAUCACGGACCCCCGUGUGAUCGACAUGUUGGUCAUCAAGGGGAAAAUGGAGCUCCAGGAAACGAUCCAGUUCUGGAAGCAGAAGACCCACGUGAUGCGCUACUUUAACGAGACCGAGGAGCCGCGCGCCACCGACUUCCUGUCCAAAUUCUACGGGGGUAACGGCCCAUGAACUGCGUGGCCGACUGCUGACCUCUGACCCCUCUUUGCUUGUCCUGUGUGACAGUUGUUCCCCUUUACUGUAAAUACACACUUAUCUCUCACAACAGUUGUCUUUUAUUCAGAUAUUUUAUUGGGAUUAUCCUAAAGUGACGGCUCGAACAGUUCGUUGUGAUGAACAGUUCGUUGUUAUAAGACAGUUGCUGAGUACAAAACGGCUCGUAAUGAAGAUAUUCACAAUGUCUUUUGGUUGUUGGGAGUAGCGUUUUGAAUCUAUUUCGAAGAGAUGUUGCUGUUUAAAUCUCCAAACUAAAACUAUGUGGACGGAAACACCGCAUACUUAAGAACAAGAACCGUAAGAUUUACUGACUUUUGGAUGAAAGAUUCCUUUUAGGAUGGAAAUAAAUGUGGUAUUUUGUGAACCAGGCAAUCCUGCACUGAGCACAGGCCGCCUUCAAACUACAACUAUAUGGAAACUGCAUAUGUGUAUAUUUAUGUGUACCUGUGUUGUGAUUUUAUCCAUUUCUUGUUAAUAUUUUUCUUUGAUUGGUGGAUCAUUCAAAGAAGUCUUUAACACCGCCUUCAUACAUUUAGACUUACGGAUGUCUGCUGCUUUACAAUAGCUGGAUCAGAGUUCUGCUGGACUGUCAACAACAACAACAACCCUGAAUUCAGCGUUGGGUGAGAUGGCAAUGCCGUCGUCAUUUCUAAUAAUUCUUUAUUUGCCGUCUGUCUAAACAGAAACAACUUGAGACGGUGAAAUAAAGGACACACACACUACA